AUGAGCGGACUGGAGAGCAAAGUGACGUCGCUAGAAGAGACGACAGAGGCCUCAGAGGUGCGUGUCAAUACGCUAGAAACAAAGAUUGCUUCACUGUCUCUUUUCUCCGUUGAAAUGUGGCCCGCCGUGCGGAUCCGCAAGACGUUCGUAGACUUUUUCAAGUCACAGCAGAAACUUCCCCAUACAUUCUACAAGUCAUGUCCCGUCGUGCCAUUGGACGACCCGACGUUGCUGUUUAUUAAUGCGGGUAUGAACCAGUACAAACCCAUUUUCCUGGGCCAAGUGGACCCGUCACAUCCCAUGGCAAAGCUCGAACGUGCUUGCAACUCGCAUAAAUGCAUUCGUGCUGGUGAGAAACACAACGAUCUGGAUGACGUGGGCAAGGACGUGUAUCAUCAUACAUUCUUUGAGAUGCUGGGCAACUGGAGCUUUGGUAACUAUUUAAAGAAGGAGACAGUGCACAUACGAUAUAAUCUCUUGACGGAAGCUUAUGGUGUUGUGGUGCUGUGA